AAAUUUUUGAAUCAGUGCAUAAAGAAUACAACAACCGAUAUAUAUGUUUUCAAUAAAAUUUUUGGAUAUAUAAGUAUUUAGACCUAACAAAGAAAGUUCCUUGCGCUGUUCCCUGCAAGCGAAGGAAACUUCAAUAAAAUUUAUUUUGAAAAUCAGCGCCCCACAGCCACAACAAAUAAAUCUGAUCAACAAAAAUGCUGAUAACUACAAGUGAUCCUGUCAUGGCCACAAAUAAUGACGGCGGAACACAGCAAUGGGCACGCAACACACAAGCCGCAGUGUCGGUGCGGCAUGCAUUCAAAGCUUAUGGAAAAAAGAAAAGCACAAAUCAAGUGCUCAACAACCUCAACAUGACAGUAGCAAAGGGCACAAUCUAUGGCCUAUUGGGUGCCUCAGGUUGUGGCAAAACUACUUUACUCUCCUGCAUUGUUGGUCGACGUCGUCUUGAUUCUGGCGAUAUAUAUGUACUUGGCGGUAAACCGGGUACACGAGGAUCUGGUGUACCUGGCAAACGAGUUGGUUACAUGCCACAGGAGAUUGCGCUUUAUGGUGAAUUUUCUAUACGUGAAACAAUGUUAUAUUUCGGUUGGAUUUUUGGCAUGGAAACAAAGGAAAUCAUGGAGCGAUUACAGUUCUUAUUAAAUUUCCUCGAUUUACCAUCAGAGAAACGCUUAGUAAAGAAUCUUAGUGGAGGACAACAGCGUCGUGUCUCAUUUGCUGUAGCACUUAUGCACGAUCCUGAAUUAUUAAUUUUGGAUGAACCAACAGUUGGUGUAGAUCCAUUACUUAGACAGAGCAUCUGGAAUCAUUUGGUACAUAUCACAAAAGCUGGUCAAAAGACCGUUAUUAUUACAACACAUUACAUUGAAGAAGCACGACAAGCGCAUACAAUUGGGUUAAUGCGCUCUGGUCACCUUUUGGCGGAGGAAUCACCAAGCGUACUUUUAUCGAUGUACAAAUGCAUUAGCCUGGAGGAAGUGUUUUUAAAAUUAUCACGUAUCCAAAGUCAGAAGGGUGACAUCUCUCAUGUGAACUUCAGUAAUAAUAUUUCAUUGCAUGCCAUGGCAUUCGGCAGUAAGAUGGAUAAGCCCGGUUCCAGUCAGGACGGCGGAGUUGUUGGACUCAAUUUCCAUCAGAGCAAGGAAGUUCUGAUCAACGAUACAAAUGGAUCCAUAUAUACGUUAAAUCAAGAACCCUACGAACCACCACCUACAAAACGUAACCAACCCAACGAUGAGGAAAGCUGUCAAGAUUGCUACGCGAGUUUGUGUAAGUCCACAUCUAAGGGCAAAAUCAAGGCAUUAUUAGGUAAAAACUUCCUGCGUAUGUGGCGUAACGUCGGUGUGAUGCUGUUUAUUUUCGCACUGCCUGUGAUGCAAGUAAUUCUAUUCUGUUUGGCUAUUGGACGUGAUCCACAAGGUUUACAUCUCGCAAUUGUGAAUAAUGAAAUGAAUAACACUGAGACUUGCUACUGGGAAGAUGGUUGUCAUUUCACGAAUUUGGGUUGUCGCUAUUUGAAUCAUUUGAAUAAAAGUGUUAUUAAAACAUAUUACACGGAUUUGGAAGAAGCUAAAGAAGCGGUACGAGUUGGUAAGGCAUGGGGUGCGGUAUACAUAACAGAAAACUUUACGGAUGCAUUUACGGCGAGAGCAGCAUUGGGUCGAGAUUCUGAUGAAGAAACAAUUGAUCAAUCGGAAAUCAAAGUUUGGUUGGAUAUGUCCAAUCAACAGAUUGGUGUUAUGCUGAAUCGCGAUAUAUUGUUGUCAUACCGUGAUUUCGCAAUGGGUCUUCUAGAUCAGUGUGGUAAUAAUCCGAAACUGGGUGAUGUGCCUAUACAAUUUAAAGACCCCAUCUAUGGCAAUAUGAAUCCAUCAUUUACAGACUUCGUAGCUCCGGGUGUGAUAUUGACUAUUGUAUUCUUUUUGGCUGUUGCAUUGACGUCAUCGGUUUUGAUUACUGAACGUACUGAGGGUUUGCUCGAUCGUUCUUGGGUGGCAGGUGUAAUGCCUGGAGAAAUUCUCUUCUCGCAUGUGAUCACCCAAUUCGUUGUUAUGUGUGGACAGACAGCGCUUGUGUUGAUUUUCAUGUUGGUCGUUUUUGGAGUUACAAACAACGGACAGCUCUUCUGGGUCAUUGUGCUAACGUUGCUGCAAGGUAUGUGCGGCAUGUGCUUCGGUUUUCUUAUAUCAUCCAUUUGCGAACUGGAACGUAACGCCAUCCAAUUGGCGUUGGGUUCAUUCUAUCCUACGCUGCUCUUAUCAGGCGUUAUUUGGCCCAUUGAGGGUAUGCCAGUCGUGUUAAGGUACAUUUCGCUGUGCCUGCCGUUGACGUUGGCCACAACUUCGUUGCGUUCGAUACUGACGCGUGGUUGGGAGAUCGUCGAACGAGACGUGUAUGGCGGUUUUCUGAGUACACUUGGCUGGGUUUUGGGUUUCUUGGUGCUGACUCUAAUCGUGCUGCGUGCAAAGCGAGGAUAAUAACAUAACGUUAAACUGUGAACUGUGAAGUGGAAAGAAUUAAGUUUAUUUUUAAAGUAAUUAAAUGUAAUUAUUUUGGUAUAUUAAUUUAGGCUGAAUAUAUGUAAGUGUAUUGCAUAAAGUAGCCUAUAAAGUAGUCAUCAUAAAUUCGUCUGAAUUUCAUAUACAACAGUUUAGGAUAUAGGUAUAUAAUUCCUACCUUAUAGCGCUUAACUAACUGUAACUGUUUUAUAUGUUUGUAUUUCAUAUAUUGUUUAUCUACAUAUAAAUUUAUAAAAAAUUUUAUAUCUUACAUUAGUAGCAUGAAAAUUCUAGUUACUUCUCUACAAAAUUCAUACACUUUCGGCAUUAGCUACUCCUCCUUUUCCUCCUACUCCUCCUCCUCCUCCUCCUCGUCAAAAUUAUUCAUAUUAUGUUUCCUUGCUCUUCAGUGCAUAUCUUCUUACAUCUUUUCGAAGUUUCGAACUAAUUUAUUUAAACAUUAAAAAAACAACAAAAACAAAAACAAAAACAAAGCGAAAAACAAGAAAUGUUGCCACUGUGCACAGUGGUGUGAUUUUUUAUUUAAAUUUUAUUUUUAUUUUAUUUUUUAAGGUUUAGGUUGUAUUUUUACUUUGUAUUUUAAU